AUGAUCCUUAAGUUGUUGCUGCUAGUUAUUAGUGUUGUUCUGUUAGUGGAAGCAAAGAAUGAAGACUAUAAAGGAUAUAGAAUCUAUAAUGUCAAAUUCAAAACAGAGGAACAACAAAAUGGGUACAACAAGUUAAAAAGUGAUAUCAUAGACUUUAUUAGAAGACCUUCUUUUGGUAAUAACAUUGUAGGGAAAGCCGUGGUUCCCCCCUCUCAUUUCGAUUUCUUCGAAGAACAGUUGGAGGAGUUGGCAAUACCAAUAGAUGUAGCUGUCGAGGACUUGUAUGAGCAUUUGGAAACGGUAGAGAAAUCACGUCCUAGAACAACAAAUGACGAUCCGGAUAGAGAGUUUGAUUUUGAUAGAUACCACAGAUAUGAACAAAUACUUAAUCAUCUUCAUGCUCUUCAAGAAGCACACGAGAAUUCUACGAUAAGAAUUACAGUCAACGAAUUUGACAGAACUGACGAAGACAGACCUAUUGUAUAUUUGACAGUAUCAGAAAACAGUGCAACUACGGAUAAACCAGUGGUUAUAAUCGAGGGUGGCAUAAAUCCUAGAGAGUGGAUCACUGUACCAGCAGCUUUAAAUAUUGUGAAUAGCCUGACUCAAAAUGCAGCAAGUUUCUUGAGUAGGGCAGACUGGAUUAUAGUUCCUGUUUUGAAUCCGGAUGGAUAUGAAUAUACGCAUACAAACUUGCGACUGUGGACAAAGAACAGAAGCAUCAAAAGUAAUCUCGGCUUCAUCUGUCCAGGAGUAAAUAUCAACCGCAAUUUUGACGUGCAAUGGGGAGUUUCUGACUCAAGUUCCAGUCCCUGUAGCCAUAUGUAUGCGGGAGUAGAAGCAUUUUCAGAAAUCGAGACACAGCUAAUCAAGCACUUGAUAGAAAAGUACAGUGGACGAAUACGUUUAUAUUUAUCCUUACAGAAUAACGGAGGUUUCGUAUCAUAUCCUUGGCAGUAUGAAAGAGCCGCCAGUGGUAUGUUCAGACAACAUCAUUUAUUAGGGAUGGACAUGGUAGCAGCUAUGAACGAGUCUUAUUCCUUAAAUGUGGGUUGGUAUGCAUUAGGUGACAGGGCUUCUGGUACAGGAGCUGAUUAUGCCCAAAUGAAUGGUGUGGUAUAUUCUUUGAACAUCGAUGCGGUACAAAGAGGAGAUGAUGGUGUCAAUAUACCUGAAAAUGAGAUUGUUGGUGUGAUCGAAGAUAUUUGGAGAGCUGUUGAAGUUGCCGUCAAUGAUGUUUUAAACUAAAUGUUACAUUAUUGUUAGCAUAGCCAUUACAAAUAAAGAAAGGUUAA